AUGAUCCCACACAUUAGAGACAAACCUAUCUGUAGAAUAGGAAUCCUUUAUAGUCAGUUGGUGAAUGCUAAAUGGCAUGAAAGGAGGCAAGAGGCUGAAAAAUGGCCAGAUGAAGGUUUGGUUCCAAAGGAAAUGAACUUGAUAAAGAAGAUGUGCAAGCUAACUGGUCCUUUUGAUGUUAAUCCAUGCGUUUUUGGAAAAUUAUAUGAAGUUACAUCUGUUCACAAUUCUGUUUUCACUGUUAAUUUGGAAGAAAAAACAUGUUCUUAUCUUCAAUGGCAACUGAGAGGGUUUGUAUGCAUACAUGCAGUCUGUGCAUUGAAAGGAUACAGACCAAAAUGGAAUAAGUACUGCUCUCAUUACUACUCUGUGGCAGCAUUUAGAGCCACAUAUGAACCACAUCUGAAACCAUUGGUUGAUGUCAAAGAAUGGGUCAAGGUAGAGAUGGAGCUAAACCCUCUUAAAAGUGGCAAGAAAACAGGAAGGCCUAGAGUUAAAAGAAGGAGGGCAUAUGAUGAACCUCCACCACAGCCCAGAGUCUGCAAAUGCCGCAGGUGUGGGAUUGGAGGCCACAACAGUAAGGGAUGUUCUGGUGGUGCUGUUGGGCAGAAUUCUAAAGCACCUAGACAAAGAACUCAAGUUGAUGGUGAAACUCUUACAAGCUUUGAUAAACCUGCAGCAACCUCUUCAAGAUCUAAGAAGAGAAAUCAUAUGAUACUCCAGGUGCAUCUACUUCAAAACUAG